GCUGCCCCACACCCUCCCCGGCCACAGGAAAGCACGACAGGAAGAGUUCGUCCAGGAGAGGAGCCCAUUCCAUGAGUUCCUGAUUAUUUAUUUUUCACCUUUCACACAUAAACCAUCGAGUUCAGGGCGUUGUUAGCUCCUGCUUCGGCAGGAUUUGGUCCCAAGCUGCAGCUCACUGUCAGUGCAGGGCACUGGGAAAUAAAGAUGGGUUUUUCCCUAAAAUACUGCUCUGUCUUCAUCCCAGGGGAUGUGGUCUGAGAGGGGACAUCUGGCCCCAAGGGGGGUGCAGGGGCAGGCUGAGCAGAUUUGGGGGCCAGGAGUCUCACUGCAGCAGUUGCAUCUCCAUCCCCCCUCUGCUUGCUUCCCUCUCAUCAAUUCCCCAGGCAGAACCAGCAAGGAUCGCUGACAUCCAAAAAAAAUGUGUCUCUCCUUCCUGAGGAUCAGACACUGUCCCGAGUGCACAGGGCUUCCCACUCGUGGGGUGCACAGAAUGCUUUUUUCUCCUCUUGCCAUUCACGUUGCUCCCAGAAUCCUCCACAGAUCCUGAGGUUUCAUGGCCACGCAUCCCUGUUUUUCCGAGUUAAUGAUUUAAACCCGUUGGGAUUUCGGAGGCUCUGGCACCCAGGCCCCAGGCGGCAGGCCAAGGAUGCUUGCCCUCUGGGAUUAAUCAUUCUCCUGGCUGCUGACACUGCCUCCAUAAAAACGCCGGGAUGGGAUUCCCGGUGCCACUUCCCAGCAGGAGAAGGGGAGCCGGCUCCAACAUGAGGGCAGCUCUGGCCCUGCUGCUGCUCUUGGCCGCUGCACACGCGCUGCACCGAGGGAAAUCUUAUGUCCGGGAGAAAGUCUGCCAGGAGUACAGGAUGCUGGGAAAGGAGAACUUCCGAACCCUGACCAUCAUCGCCAACAGCCGGAAAUAUUCCAACGGCACCUUCGAGGAGAUCGCCCACCUCGUCCGGGAAAUCGUCUCCCUGGCCGAGACGUGCUGCGCCGACGGGGCCGACCCCUCCUGCUACGAUGCCGGGUCCACGGCGCUGUCGGUCAAAUCCUGCAGCGCGGACUCGCCUUUCCCGGCGCAUCCCGGCACGGCCGAGUGCUGCAGGCACGAGGGGCUGGAGAGGAAGCUGUGCCUGGCUGCCCUGCGGCACCCGCCCCAGCCCCUGCCCCGGUACCUCCAGCCCUCCGACAAGGAGCUGUGCCAGGCCUUCCGGGAGGAUCCCAGGGAAUUUGCGGAUAGGUUUCUUUAUGAGUACGCCAGCAGCUACAGCCAGGCUCCCCUGCCUGUGCUCCUGGGCUCCACCAGGACCUUCCUCUCCAUGGUCUCCACCUGCUGCAUCUCCCCUGCACCCACUGCCUGCUUCCUGAAGGAGAAACUGGAGAGGAAAAGCCUCUCCCUACUCACCCUGACGUCGAACCGGAUUUGCUCCCGCUUCUCGGCAUAUGGGAAGGACAAAGUCAGCUUCAGCUACCUGGCCUCGCUGGCUCAGAAGGUUCCCAGUGCUUCCUUCGAGGACCUUCUCCCCCUGGCCGAAGACGCUGCCGAGGUGGCUUCCCAGUGCUGCGACUCUCUGGCCGAGGACUGCAUGCAGAAGAAGCUGUUGGAGCACACGGCCAAAGUCUGCGCCGCGCUGUCGGCCCGGGACGGGCGCUUCGCCGACUGCUGCCAAGGGAAAGACCUGAUGGAAAACCAUUUCUGCAUCCUGGCCAUGCUCCCAGCGCCGGCUCCCAAGCUGCCAGAGGCAUCUGAGCCGACCAACAAGGAGCUGUGUGGCAAGGAGGGGGCUCUCCAUGCCACCAGGUUCCUGUUCGAGUUGGCACGGAGGCAGCCCAGCAUCCCCGACGCCGUCCUCGCCAAGCUCUACGACUCCUCCGGGAAACUUCGGGCCGGGUGCUGCUCCACCAAGGACCCCUCCGCCUGCCUGGACAGCAAGCGCCAGCGGCUGAAGGCAGAGCUGCUCCCCUUGCUGGGAAAGGCCAGCCAGCUCUGCGGGCAGUACAACAACCUGCCUUUCCUUGAGUUCAAGAAGAGGCUGCGGGAAAACCUGAAACAAGCGGAGCCCCAGGCCAGCCCGGCGCAGCUGGAGCAGCUCCUGGAGCAGCGAGCAUCCUUCGCCUCCACCUGCUGCCUCCCGGAGGCUCCCCCGCUCCUCUGCGCCUCCAAGGUGAGCUCGGAGCUGGGGAAAGCGUGUGACAAGGAGUCCUGCCUGCUGGCCUAGGGGCCCGGCGGCAGGGAUCGCUUCUCCAGGAGCGAGAGCACGAGGCUGAGCUCUGUGAGCACGCAGCACUGCGGGACAUGGCAAGGGAGCACCAGGGAGCCGGGCUGGAGGGCGUCCUGCAGAUGGAAGCUGUCACCGAGCCCACAGCUCCCUGCCACCCUUGCAGUUCCUGCAGCCCAAAUAAAGAGAAGUCCCCCCGCUGA